AGUAGACCACUUGUGUUAUGUGUGAGUCGGAGCUGAGCUAACGGCGUAACCCGCAAUCGCGUCACUCGCCACCUGAAGAAGUUAGGCGUCUUGGAGAAGCCUCGCUCAAGCAAAUCUCAUUACGUGUUGACGGGCUGAGAGCGGCGUUUCGGUGCUAGCCUCUCGCGGACGUCGCCAGUUUGUUUCCAACGUCACGCGGAGUUGGAUACUUUGUGCGUGGAAGUGGGCUCAUGGUCUUUAUUUUUCGGGGACCUGCUAUCAAGAUGUUGUGAUACCUGCUGUGAAGUUUCGCCUUAGUGCCAGCGGUUUCGUGUAUAUAAACCGAGGAAAAUCGCUUAUAUCACACACGGCCGAGGAAGAAAAGUUCAUAACUCGGAAAUCGAGCAAAAAAGUGGUGUGUAGGCGACUGCACCUCGCUUGUCCUUAAUGAAUUCUGGGCGGAACCGGGCUUUGACCUCGACUGCAUCGCAAAAGGAGAUAACAGCCGGCGUGGGCGACCGUGAUCUAAUAAAAUGUAGAGCGACACCGAGCACCAGGUGAGGACAGGUACCGCCGUCGGCCAUGCCUAGUGCGCGUAAAUAAUACCCCCCAGGUGUCACCCUCAGUGUAUUUUCAGUUCAUACGUAUUUUUUGCCUUCACUUCCUCGUUAGUGAGAGGCUGUGUGCGUUGCUAUCGCUCGGGAGAACCCCUCAAAGUGCAGAAUUGUGAUAAAAAAUAAUUUAAGUGUACUUAGUGCUUGUAGUAUAUUUUCAUUAAAGCGUACCUCAAGAUCAGUUGAAUUUAAUUUGGAGAACCCUUGAAAGGAGCAAGUCUAUAAAAAUGUCAUAUAAUUCAAAUCGUUCAAAUGAGCCUGAACUGGCUCAGGAACCAGCUGAAGUUGAUAUUACAUUGGAGCCAUGCCCCAUUUGCACCCGAACAUUUGCCCCCCAAACACUCAAGAAACAUAUUGUUAUUUGCGAAAGAGCCGCUAUUAAAAGAAGAAAAACAUUCGAUUCGUCACGUCAAAGAAGAGAAGGUACUGAUCUAGCUGAUUUCCUCCCAAAAAAUUUUGGUCUACCGCCAUCAAAGCAAGAGUCAAAACAAUCGCCCGCUGAUAGAACACAGCGUCAGGGCACAACACCACUGUUGCAAAAAAAAGAGAAUGAUGUUGCCAAAGUCACGUUGCCAGCAAAAAAGACGGUCUCGUCUGCACCAGUCGUGAACAGUGCAACAAAAGAGAAAUCAAAGCCGAUCCUCAGUCGUCUAGUACCAACUGCGGAACCAUGCCCCCAUUGCGGGAGGAGUUUUGGUCCGAAAGCAUAUGAUCGACACGUGGAAUGGUGUAAGGAAAAAGCACGGAUUGCUAACUCACAGUAUAAUCCUUCGGUGAAUGUAGCAAAGGAACGAUUGCAAGCUCGGACCAAAUACAAAGCACCAUGUUUGAAGUCGAAACGAGCGGUGAACCGAGAAAAAUACUCAGGACUUAGUUGUGACGAAUCUAUGAAUAGCUUAUCAGAUGGGGGAAGUUGCGGGUCUACAUCUAAAUCGAAAGAAUAUGCACAGGAAGGCGCAGGUAAUACGGAUAUCUCAAUGGUUUCGACUACUAUGAGUUCAUCUUUAAUAAGUGAAGGGGCCUUUUCUGAUAAAUACGAUCCGUUCUUAUCAGCGAAACGGCAAUUGGAAGAGUUGUGUUCACCAACUGAAUCGAUUCCUUCAAACGCCUCUCUUCCUGCGACGCCAGACGCUAAAACUCAUCCUGAUUUAAUGUCUAAAUCACUCAACAUUAACACCACAAAUAAAUUGAAAAAUAUAAAAUCGAAUUUUCAUAGAACCUCAUCUCUACGAGUACCGCGUAAAACCACUCCAACUAGAUCUAUUUUUGCAUCGAGCACAAAACAAAGGCCAACAAUUCAACGUGGUAUUUCUGAUGAAGGUCCUAUCUCCACAAGCUUCCUCAAACCUGAGGAGUAUGAUGAAAUGCCAGUGAAAUCAGUUUGCAUUAAUGACUUUGCAGCUACAAAACACCCAGACAAUCAUAGUACACCGAAAAUAAUGAAACGGGAACCAAACUUGAGUCGUAACCGACGUAAUUUGAAAACGGCCUUCACGUCAAUUGAAAAAAAGGGAGUUAAUCCAUUAUCGAAAACCGACUCUUUAGCUAUUUUCCUUCAAUAUGAACAUGCGACAAGGGUAACAGAGAUUCCAAUAAAUCUAACAGAGAAAGAUCUCAAGGACCAAAGCAACAAUUUAAGUAAACAAACAUCCUCCAAGAGUUCUGCUAGUGAUUUAGACACAAUUCUUGCCGAAAAAGAUAAACUUUAUUCCUUGAAAAAUUCUUUAUCUUCCUUACUUGAUCCUCAUCACUCUGCUGGAAACGACAAGCAAUUGUCCCAAGAAACUACUCCAGUACCAAUUACCAAAAUUCAAGCCAUAAAAUUGGAUCCUCUGCCAAAACGUCUUCCAAAAUCAAACAGAUCCAUUUUCCCAAGUUUUCCUAGCAUUUCUAAAGACACCGAAUUCAUUGAUCCCAAUCUAAUUAACGUUUGUGAUAAUCUCCCUAUAAAUGUGACUAAACUUUCUGAUAAUGAUUUUACCUCCAGCAGUACUGAAUCAGUAGAGCAGGCAGUAGGGUCUUUUGAGUCACAAUUCCAUUUGGCCGAAAGGCAAGAGGAUAAUGCUCUUCAACCACAAACUACCAACAGAAAUUCUGUUGAAAAGAAAAAUCUUUUAAAACGGCAACUUCGUCUUGGAAAAAAUCAUUUUUUGUACGAUCUAUCACCAGAAAACGAUAAUGAAAACAUUAAUUAUAAUAAUGUCUCUAGAGCUGAAAUCGAUUCGAAUAAACUCGACUCUAGCAUUUCCACUAUAGACCCUAUCCCGGAUGAAUUUGAUAUUGAGGAAUUUAUUUCUUCAUUUGAAAACGUUGAAGAAUAUCCCCUUUUUAGAGAUUACAAAGCUUUUCUGUCUAAUCGGUCGCUUAAUAAAAUAUCAAAUAACAGUCGUGGAUCAUCUAGAUCGCCCACCGCUCUACGUCGCAGUAAUGAUGAAGAAGAUGACCAUGACGAAGAGAAAAAUGAAAUUUUUAGCAGUAACGAAAGCUUUUUAAAGCAUGAAUCAGAUGUAGUUCCGAAAAGUGCGCCUUGUACGAUAGAACUCAAUUCUACAACGAAAAACCUGAAUUUGAACGAUUUGAACGAAAACAAGUACGAUCCACCUUCAUCUCCCGAUUCGGAUCAGGAGAACGAAGAAACAGAUAUUCCCGAUACCAAUGAAAACAUUCGGGAUGUGAAAGAUUUCAUUGCGUGUGAACAUUUCGAGGAUGCCGAUCCGAGCAACGAUACUACAGAUAAUUCAAAAGACUUGUCGAAGCCCAGCAGUUUGGAAUCCUUGGAAAUAAAAAAGAGUACUAGCUCGAAACAAAGUGCAGAUUCAGCAUAUGGAAGCCUUUCCCGGUACAGCCCUGCUGAUUGUGUAAGCAGACGCACUCCAGCAUGUAAGACUUUAAAUGAAGGUACACCAGAGGAAGCACAAAGAAUAAGGGAGGAGCAUGAUAACGCCAAAACCGGGAGCUGCAUCCGCGAUCUUGGCAGAAAGCCAUCUAUAGAAGAAUUGAACCUUUCUCAAUUGGAACUCAAUCAGCAACACCUAGCCACUCGUAUUAAAACCGAUGUUCGUAUGUCCAAGUUUUGCCACGAGUGUGGAAGUAAAUUCAUCAUCACCCAGGCGAAAUUUUGCAUGGAAUGUGGAGUGAAACGUAUUGUCUUGGAAUAGAAGUUACACAUUUUACCAACAAAAUUGUUUGCCGUUACUGUAUUCACUACUUGUGACUGUUGAUCGAUUCACCACACUAUUCGUUCGAAAUUAGAUCUAUGAAACUAUGAACUGCUAACCAAAUUUACACUAAUUAUUCUCCAUUCUAGUUUAACGUCCUAAUGAAGGUUCUAAUCGUGGCUUAUAUACAUACAUGAAAAUAUUCAUCUCCGUCACAUGCUUUACCAAAAAUAUAUUAAUAAUAUUCUGUCACAAUAGAGAGAAGGUUUAUAUUUUAUUCAAAUCAAAUUUAAAUAUUAUAAAUAAUUUGAACAGCUGGUCGAAUUAUACAUAUAAAGGGAAGCAAGGAAUUAUGGUCUUAAUCAAAAGUUAAUUCGAAUUUUGGAAAAAUUUCCUGUCGUUGCCAUAGGAAAAUUGGAAGCUGCAUAGUUUUAAGUAAAUCUCUUUUCCAUUCAAGUUUUUUGCUGUCAAACAUACGCACUGGUGUUGUAUUUAGCGAUUCUCUAUAUAGCGCACAUUGUAAUUUAUUAUUUUUUGGACACCCGAUUCGAAGAUUUAGACAUUUAUAAUUCUGCAAGCGCUGGUUUCUAUUUUUAAAAUGUUUUUCCCAUUUUAUUGCUUCGCUUUGAAUAACGAGACUGACUGUUGUAUAAUCAAACAAAACUGAAGGGCCUGGUUACACCUGGCUCCUAAUAUUGAAAGAUCACACACGAACCAACAUCUGAAAAACAGAAAAAGGAAAACAUAUUUUUAUGAGUGCUUGAAGAUUCAUACAACAAAUAUAUUUUACUACUGAUUAACACCAAAUCCGAUAAAAUUGUCAUAUUUAUACUUUUUGUGAAAAUAUAAUCUGAAUUAAAAUUGUA